UACUAUCUACCCUCUUGGAGGAAGACAGUGAUUGAGAUUUGGUUUUCCUCUACGAUCAGACCACAGUGCCUCCAUCCAAGAACUGUGACAACUGCUUCAUUUCCGAGUAGGACGAACAUGGAAAGCGUGAGCACUGAAAGAUCGCUCCUUUUGACUUCUCGGUCAUCAAGAGACGAUCAUGGAACCAACACCAGCAUAGGCGAUGAUGGAGAAGGGACAUGGGGUGGUGGCUCCGCCACUGCUGUCGUGGUGCUGAGCACGCUCAUAGCCGUCUGCGGGUCCUAUGUUUUUGGUUCUGCUAUUGGGUAUUCAUCACCUGCAGAAUCUGGGAUUGUGGACGACUUAGGCCUCUCGGUGGCAGAGUAUUCGGUUUUUGGAUCAGUACUCACGAUUGGAGCAAUACUUGGUGCAAUAGUGAGUGGGAAAAUAGCAGAUCUUGUUAGUCGAAGAGGUGCCAUGGGGAUUUCUCAAUUGUUCUCUACUGCGGGAUGGGUCACCAUAGCAUUCUCACAGGGUGCUUGGUCGCUCGAUAUAGGAAGACUGAUGAUCGGAUGUGGUAUUGGGCUUAUUUCCUUUGUGGUGCCUGUAUAUAUAGCAGAAAUAACACCAAGAAACCUCCGAGGUGGAUUCGCUACUGUUCAUCAGUUCAUGAUAUGUUUCGGCUCCGCCCUGACGUACUUUAUCGGGGCAGUUGUCAAUUGGCGUGUCUUGGCUCUUAUAGAAAUGGUUCCGUGCUUGGUGCAACUCUUAGGCCUUCUCUUCAUUCCGGAGUCACCAAGAUGGCUCGCGAAAGUGGGUCGGGAGAAAGAGUAUGAAGCAGCUUUGAGAAGGCUGAGAGGAAAAAAUGCUGAUAUCACAUCUGAAGCAGCUGAAAUCAAAAAUUACACAGAGAUGCUCGAACAGAUUUCGGAGGGUACAAUCAAAGACUUGUUUCAGAAGAUAUACGCCCGUUCGCUCCUGGUUGGAGUUGGGCUGAUGGUGCUGCAGCAAUUUGGAGGCACUAACGGGAUUGCAUUUUACGCAAGCUCGAUUUUUGAGGAUGCAGGUUUUCCAUCCAAGAUUGGAACGGUAGCAAUGGCCAUUGUGCAGAUACCAAUGGCCGUAGUGGGCGUGCUAUUAAUGGAUAGAACAGGAAGAAAACCGCUACUUAUGGUUUCUGCUGCGGGAACUUGCGUCGGUUGUUUCCUUGUCGGUUUCUCGUUCUUACUAGAGGAUCUCCAAAGAUGGAAAACAGUUGCGCCGAGUUUGGUUUUCAUCGGUAUACUGAUAUACAACGGGUCAUUCGGGUUGGGGCUUGCUGGCAUUCCGUGGCUUAUAAUGUCCGAGGGCUAUCUCUGCUUCAGAUAUUCCCGAUUAACAUGAAAGGUACAGCGGGGAGCUUAGUGUCUCUCGUCAACUGGUUCAGCUCGUGGAUCGUCACGUAUGUCUUUAACUUCUUGAUGGAGCUCAGCUCAGCAGGUACAUUUUUCCUGUUCUCGAUCAUGUCGGGACUGACCAUCUUAUUCACGGCAAAGUUGGUACCUGAAACUAAAGGCCGAACUCUAGAGGAAAUACAAGCAGCCAUGAAUCCAGUGUCAGGAUAAUAUGCUUCCUUACUUAUGCUCCUCGCUCAGGACCAUUCUCGGCCAUGGGCAGCAUAUCUGGAGAAUAGCAUUUCUGUUGGUGCCCCUAUAAUUCGUUCAAUCGAGCCAUUCGGAGUGAUCAUAGACAUCUUGUGGAGUGUCUCAAACUUUGUGGGGACGACUCGGUUGUAUAAACUGAACCGACUAAAUUGUGUAAAACCUGUUUUAGUGAAAUUUUUUAGAAAUCUGUGGCUGAAGUAAAGGGAUUUUGCUACCAGCCCAAGGCUGUGGUCCGGGUAGCGUAUUUGGGCUAGGGCCAUAUAUUGUUAUGGUUGAUGUCUUUUCGUGUAUUCCAAACUCAUUGCAUACUGAAUAAGAGAAUAUCGCCGAGCCUUCUUUAUUCA